AUGAAUGUUGUACAUUUGUUUGUUUUUAUCACUUCAUGUGCCGGAUACGCCUUAAACACAGUUUCAGUCUCAUUCAACAGUGUGUCGAACAGAAUGAAGAGCGGUUACAACCAGCCACAAGGUUCGUUUCAUCCACAGAACAACUGCCUGAAUCGAAGUAAAAACAAGUUGGAAUUUAGUAUAUUCGCUAAAAAUCCAUCUUUUGAAAGGAAACAGAGGCAGCAGAGAAAGUCCAAAAGACUUAAGCAAGUAUUGCCACUGGAGCACAUGAGCAUGACGAAGCAGAUGGACAACCUGGUGAGAAAAAGCAAGCUGAGACAACAAAGGCUAUUCGGUUACAGACUGUCCGAAUUGCCAGGAGACGGAGGCGUAAUACCUCUUUUAGAAAAGAAGAUUGACAAGCCGGCCUGGGUAAGGAAAUACUUCUCAGCAUACAAGGGCAGGGACGCGGAGUACGUCCGAAGUAGCAUGAACGACGAUGAGAUGGUGAACAAAAUAUGCGCUGAGCCCUAUAAAACAGCUGGAAAGUUUAAAACCGUUGGGCCUCUCGUCGACAACUUCUUCUAUGAGGUCGUAGAACGGGUAUUUGGCCCGGAGGCCUUCCUUCAGGCCACGUUCAAGAAGACCGUUGCCUCCAUAAGGAAGCAUCACGAGGAGGCGACCCCCGGCACCCAGAACUACUACGGACUCCAGGUGGAGACGCUGUUUAGUCACCUGGACCCUGAGGACAUGGAGAAGCUCCGAAAGGUCGAGAUUCUGGUCAAGAGCGGGAAGAUUGACCCGAGUCUUUUUUCUUCAAAAUAUGACCCGAUGCUUAGUGGCAACGAUGCCGGCGGCAGCACCAAACGCGCAGACUUUGACGUCGACGCCGAAUGA